AGGAGGGUACCUGCGGUCGCCACGCCAGGCGCUCAAAUGCGCUCGCGACAGAUGGCAAAAAUUAGGUUGGCUUUUAUGCCACAAAAUGACGAUCUGAUCAGGUUAUAUGCCGAGUCACGUCACCGAGCUGUCAGGUUCUGUUUGCGGUGAGGGGGCUGAAAACGAUCCCGUCUGACCGCAUUAAGAAGUACUUCAGACUAAAUUGAAAGGGCUUCCGUAAAUGGACGCCGCACAUCUGAACCGAGAUGUAAUCGAUCCCCGGUGAUUCGGGAAGGAAAACCGAGCGUCAUAAUCAUCAACAUGAUGAGGUCAGACGUCCAUAUUCCUCAUUCACGGUGACUCUGGGAAAAACGGCAGUUUUCUGCUUCACGGGGCCAUAAAAUUAGUUUUCCCAACAUUCCUGCCCCCGGUCGGCAUGACAUUAGGUGUCGCUGAUACCAGGUGAUCUAUAUUCCCACGUGCACGCCACACUGUCCGGAGUCAAACUUCACCCAGCGAGAGGGACGCGGCAGGUUUGGGGAUGGCACGCCGAUGCGGCAGAUUUAGUCAGUCCUGAAAGCGAAUUUCCUGCCACAGGAAAUCCAUAUCCGUCCUCCCCAGCGUGACGGGUGGGGCAUCGACCGCCAGUCUCUCAAGGGCACCCCGGCAAGCCGCGUGACGCAGCCCGGGAGUCCCGCCUGUCUCGGCCCGCGGGAGUCUCAGCUGUGGGUGGCGGAGGAGGGGAGUGACAAGACUGUAGAACACGCGCAGGUGCACAGGUGAACACACAGGGAGCAGCACAACCCCUGUGGGACCCGUACCUGGAGGACACCUGUACAGCACCUCCCACCAUGGCGCAGUGGCUAGUUCACUGCCUGCUUCUAGCUGUGCUGACAGGGAAAGGUGUGUUGAGUGCUGAGUCGGAAGAACGGCUGGUGACUCGUCUCUUCAACUCCUCCCGGUACAACCCGAUGAUCCGCCCGGCGCAGUUCCCCACCGAGAUCGUCACGGUGAAAUUCUACCUCAUCAUCUCCCAGCUCAUCAGCGUGAAUGAAAAAGAAGAAGUCAUGAAAACUAACGUGUGGCUAGCCCAGACGUGGACCGACUACAGACUGAUGUGGAAUAAGGAAGAUUACGAUCACGUCCAGGUCAUCAGAGUUCCUUCAGAAUCCGUCUGGAAGCCGGACAUCGUGCUCUUUAACAAUAAGGACGGCCAGUAUGACGUGGCGCUCUACACGAAGGUUCUCAUCUAUGACGAUGGGAAGGUCGAGUGGCUCCCUCCCGCCAUCUACCAGAGCUCCUGUGCGAUAGACGUGAGGCAUUUCCCUUUUGACAAGCAAAACUGCACUAUGAAGUUUGGCUCGUGGACGUAUAACGGCGAUGAGGUGGACAUCGUGUUGGACUCCGAAGAAGCUGUCAGUGACGAUUUUAAACUUAACGGAGAAUGGGACAUCAUCAAGUCGCCCAGCAGGAGGACAUUAGAGGGGGACGAAGUUUACGUUCACUAUGAUUUUGUCAUCAAGCGAAAGCCUCUGUUUUAUAUCAUCAACUUGAUAAUUCCAUGCAUCCUCAUCUCAUCCCUGUCGGUGCUGGUGUUUUACCUGCCGUCCGACUGUGGGGAGAAGAUCACACUCAGCAUCUCCGUGCUGCUGGCCCUGACUGUGUUCCUGCUGCUGAUCGCCGAUAUCAUCCCCUCCACGUCCCUGGACAUCCCGCUGAUUGGUCGGUACCUGAUGUUCACCAUGAUCUUCGUCACGUUCACCACGGUGACGACCGUGUACAUCCUAAACGUGCACCACCGCACGGCCAGCACGCACGACAUGCCCACCUGGAUCAGGAUCGUCUUUAUCAACGUCCUGCCCAGAAUCCUGUGCAUCAAGAGGCCUGCAGACGAGGAGGUGGUGGACGUGAAGGAGACCGUAAUCAGGACAUCGCUGUACCACAAGCCGAGAGAAGACGCGAUGGAGAUGAGAAAGCGGAACGGGAUGAUGACUGAAGGAGGGCGGGGCUUCGGGACCGUGCCGAGGAGCAGCUCGCCCGGCCCUGGGUUGCAGCAGACAGAAAGGCGCCACCUGGCGCCCGAGCUGGAGGAUGCAGUCAAACAUGUCAAGUACAUAGCAGGCUUUUUCAAAAGUCAAGACGAUGAUUCAGAGGUCAGCGACGAAUGGCGUUUCGUCGCCAUGGUGAUCGACCGGAUCUGCCUGUGGCUGUUUCUGCUCGUCUGCGUGGUGGGAACUCUGGGAUUGUUCAAGGAGCCGCUCUUUGACGGGGAUGACGUGUAAUUGCACGAGGGAUUCUGGGAUUGUUACGGGAUGGCGGCUGACGGUGGCAUGAGGAACUCUAGGAUUGUAGUCAUACUUCCCUGAUACUGAACGUGGCGGGUAGUAUGAUUCUUGACAAGUGUCUAGCCGCCAUCUCUACGGUACCUGCGGACAGCGAGAACGUUCGUUCAUGACUCCCCUUUCCUAGCCAAAAAGAGACAUCGGACACAGAGAGGAUUAGAGACUGCUCAUGUACCCCGGAUGUACCAGUACAACUACGAAUGACUAACGAGGCAAGGAGUCUGCUGAUGUAUGAUCUGUAGACUCUCUGAUUCGUUACUGCCUUGGACGUGCGCAAAGACGACUGUUUCAUGGUCGUCAUACAUUAUCAUAUAUUCAUACGGAAAUUGUCUUAUGACUAUAUUCAUAACCACCAUAACAGAAGUCUUGCGAUUAUAGCUACAGUGUCCAUCUUAUUUGUUACUGUUGUUAGUGUUGUAAGACAUACUGGUUUAUUGUUUACUGCAUGGAGCUGUCGCUUUGCUUAUAAUCAAUUGUCUCGAUGUUGGAUUAUCAGAUGGUGGUUGCAGAUAUGCAGUACUGGUAGUGAUCGCAAGAAGCAGUGCAGUGUUAAGUUAAGGGUCAUAUAAUGUAUAUACAUAAUGGAUGCUUUGAGGACAUCCUCUAUAGAUGCUCGAUCUUACCACGGCAGAUACAGAUAGACAGUAAGCGCAUAUCGAGUCUGGUAGUCUGUGAUCACUGGGUGAGAAAUAUGUGCCGUAGUGAGGCCAAGUAACACCGAGAAUUUGCCACACUACUAGUUUGUGGGAAACUGUCGUAGCAACUGUACAUAAACAUGUAGCGUGUCUAGUGUACAUACUAGUGUAGAUAGUAAUAGAAGGGCUAUAUAAAGGCCACGAGGAUGAGAUCUCACACGGUUAUACAGGAAAACAAGACGGAAUGAUGUUGUUGUUGAAUAACAUUUCAGUGGGUUCAUGAACAUUGGCAGGUGUUUUUAUUUGCCAUUCGAAUGUGAUUAAGAUGAUGUGCGUUGGUUCCUCAAUUUGUAUACGUAAAUGGGAUUCAUUGCUCUCGAUAAAACCAUUGAAGAAUGCCCAAUAGAAGCCUGUUCUAUGCAAA